UGCCCGGUGGAAGCUGGACGUCCGUGUCCGCUGAGGCCUCCUCAGAGCCGGAGUGAGUCCUCCAGCCUCCAUCAGAGACGGAACACAAAAGAAGCGGUGAUGCUCCAGGAGACACACAACACUUCACUGCUCUCACCUCUCAUGCAAAUCCAACAAUUCCAUGCGCAAAACCGCGACAACACACCCCAGUGCGCCUUUCCCAUAGAUCAUCUGACUGCGCAAGCGCAUUAUUAUUAUUAUUAUUAGUAGUAGUAGUAGUAAUAUUGUUGUUGUUGUUAUGAUGGUUGUUAAUGUUUAGGCUGGUGUAAAGUAUCACGUUCCCACACAGUCUGCUGUGGUGUCGCGGUUGGACUGAGCGGCUCACACACUCUUCUCCAAUAGCAUCCCAGUGGCGGUGGGGGUGGAGGGUGGGGGGUGCAGUCAUCCGUGCAGCAGUGGGAGGAUCUAUUCACUUCAAUCUUGAUCUCAGACUUUUUUUUUUUUUUUUUGGAGCGACAGGGGCACAGGCAGCCAACCGUCUCUUUUACAUGCGCAGAGUUACUGGCGGGACAUCUGCAUCCUUCUCUCCAAUCUGUGGAUUCCUUGUCAACUUUUUCUUCUUUCCUCCUCGUCGUCCUCCUCACCGAGGCCCGUCAUUCGGCGAGCUCGGUUUCCUCCUCCUCCUCCCGUCUUUCUCUCUUUCUCUCACUUUCCCGGGAAGGAGAAGAAGAAGAAGAAGAUCCCGCGCGUCCUCGCUCGUCUAAUCAAAGCAGGUGACUGUCCCGAGACUUUUCCAACCUUCAGUGUCUGCGCGCUGUUUACGCACCGCUUCUCUUCCCCUCCUCUCAGUCUUUCCACCUCCGCGUCUUUAAAGGACGUUUCCAACAGGUCUCCCCCUCCUCCCUCUCUCCCUCCUCCCCUGUUCGCGCUCCAGCUUCAGCUCAGUGUGCCGGGGAUCCUCCAGCCGGCUCUGACUCUAUAUGUUCUUAUGGAUAUCGCAACAGGUCUGGUGUCACUGCAGCGUCUCUCUGCGGGAGAACAGACCGACACGCGCAUCAUGCUGGACGGCAUCAAAAUUGAGGACCAUCCGCUGCGCUCUGGGCAAGCCACGCUUGGAGUCAUGCUCGGUUCCGACUGUCACCACAGAUCCGUGUGUGAAGGAUGCCAGCGGCCCAUCUCCGACCGCUUCCUGAUGAGAGUCAACGAUUCCUCGUGGCACGAAGAGUGUUUGCAGUGCGCCGUGUGUCAACAGCCUCUCACCACCAGCUGUUACCUCAGAGAAAGGAAACUUUACUGCAAACACGACUACCAACAGUUGUUUGCCACCAAGUGCAGCGGCUGCAUGGAGAAGAUCGCCCCCACGGAGUUUGUGAUGCGCGCUCUGGAGUGCGUCUACCACCUCAACUGCUUCUGCUGCUGCGUGUGCGACCGUCAGCUGCGCAAGGGCGACGAGUUUGUCCUGAAGGAGGGUCAGCUCCUCUGCAAGGUGGACUACGAGAGGGAGAAGGACUUACUCAGCUCGGUCAGCCCAGAUGACUCAGACUCAGAGAAAAGUGAUGAUGAGGAGUUGGACAUCAAGCCAGAUAAAGGCAUUGGAAGCCAGGGGAAGGGGGAUGAUGGGAAGGAUCCAAGGCGGCCCAAAAGACCACGCACCAUUCUCACUACUCAACAGAGACGGGCCUUCAAAGCCUCCUUUGAAGUGUCCUCAAAACCCUGCAGAAAGGUGAGGGAGACUCUGGCUGCUGAGACGGGACUCAGUGUUCGAGUGGUCCAGGUGUGGUUUCAGAACCAGAGAGCGAAGAUGAAGAAGCUGGCGAGAAGACAGCAGCAACAGCAGGAACAACAGAACUCUCAAAGGCUCGGCCAAGAGGUGAUGUCUAACCGGAUGGAGGGAAUGAUGAACUCCUUCACGCCGCUGGCUCCGCCCCAGCAGCAGCUGGUCACCAUGGAUCAGAACGGCUACAGCACAGACCCGUUCCAACAGGGACUCACCCCACCACAGAUGCCAGGGGACCAUAUGAACCCAUAUGGCAACGAUUCUGCGUUCCACGACAUAGACAGCGACACGUCUUUAACCAGCCUCAGUGACUGCUUCAUGUCCACAGAAGUCAACUCCAUGCAGGCUCGCGUGGGAAACCCCAUCGACCGCCUCUACUCCAUGCAGAACUCGUACUUUGCGUCAUGAAAGGAGCAGGGGGAAAGGCAUCAGCACAUGUUUAAAAACUGUCCAUCUCAAGCUGAAGCGCCGUGGCUACGAGUUUCUACAACACUGUGGACCGGACCGCUGAAACCUAGCAGCAGCUUCCUGGUUCUGGAGCGGAAGCUCACACAGAGAUAGUAAAACCACUUGUUGUAGGAAAGUGAUGAAUCAGUGGCAGGAAAGAGUAUUGUUAGAGAUUACUUGUUAGGUUUGCUCAUGUCUCACAGGAGAUAUGACUUUUUCUGUUGUUCACUUAGAGAAAACAAAUAGAAACCACUGAUUACACAAGCCAAAUAACACAGUGAGUUUAUACAGUGCAUGAUCGACUGUAAACUUUUUGUAAGCCCCUACGAGCUUCAGUUAAGACCUGGUGUUUGGACUGUUUUCCUCCCUUCGCACUACACGGUCUGCCAUGUUCACCGUUCGAUUUUUGAUCACUUCCCAUAGGUUUUAGAUGUCGUGUUGAUAGUAAAUAGGUGCAGCAUGUCUGCGAGAGUGACUGUACAUUUGUGUAUGUCUGAGAGUUUGUGUCAGGAACGAGUUGUUUUUAGAGGAUUAACAGAACACGUGGAGGAGUCGGUGGGCGGUAGGAUCAGUGAAGUGUAAAUACUUUCCCCGGGCAAAUUGGAUGUGCAUGUUAAAAAUGGAAAGCAUUCUAUUUAUUUAACUAUAACAGGCUCUUGAAGGUACAUAUUAAAAAGUGAAAAGCUUUAUUUAAAAAGGAGAGCAUUUUGUUUUGUUUUGUUGAGCAGUUAGUGAAUCCAUGAGUAUCACAGCUCAUCUGUAUGCAUUUUCAAUAUGAAGAUUAACCUUUGUUUUUGUUUUUUGUUCUUUUUUGUUUUUCAGCCUAGCUGUAAAUGAGCAAAGUCGCUAUUUAUUUGGUACAGAUCACAAGUUUUUUGUUGUCAUUGUCCGAUGUGCAUUCUCAAAAUGUUAAAGUUGCUAAUUGACCAAAGUUGACUGAUUUGAUGAAUAAAAAAUGUCUUUUUCUCCUGAUAACAUUAAAUAAAUACCAUCAGUGA